CGCCGCCGCCGCCGGGCUCUGCCUCAGUACCGGGAGCUGCGCCCGGUAGCAUGGUGCUGGAGCCUCAUGGGUUCGCUCUGCAGACUAUGGACUCGCUGUACAGUUUGGUGGAAUACAGUCAUCACUGGCGCUAGCUUAGUUUUUGUCAGUUCAGGGAGAUAAUAGGAGGUGAAUCGCAUAUCCUUUCAGCAGCCUUCCAUUUAACUUGGAAUACCACAGUUCAAGCAAUUGAACAGAUGGAUAAUGGAGACUGGGGAUAUAUGAUGACUGAUCCAGUCACGCUAAAUGUGGGUGGACACAUGUAUACGACCUCCCUCACAACUCUAACGAGAUAUCCUGACUCAAUGCUUGGGGCCAUGUUCAGGGGAGACUUCCCCACUGCCAGGGAUUCUCAGGGCAAUUACUUUAUUGACAGAGAUGGACCACUUUUCCGUUAUGUUCUUAACUUUUUAAGGACCUCAGAGCUCACUUUGCCACUGGACUUCAAGGAGUUCGACUUACUUCGGAAGGAAGCGGACUUCUAUCAGAUUGAACCGCUAAUUCAGUGUCUUAAUGACCCCAAGCCGCUGUAUCCCGUGGAUACCUUUGAGGAGGUGGUGGAGCUGUCCAGCACCCGGAAGCUUUCCAAGUACUCCAACCCAGUGGCUGUAAUCAUCACACAGCUCACUAUCACGACAAAAGUCCAUUCGUUACUGGAAGGCAUUUCAAACCACUUCACGAAGUGGAAUAAGCAUAUGAUGGACACCCGGGACUGCCAGGUUUCCUUCACUUUUGGGCCGUGUGAUUACCACCAGGAAGUGUCGCUCAGAGUCCAUCUGAUGGAGUACAUCACGAAGCAAGGCUUCACGAUCAGGAAUACCAGAGUUCAUCAUAUGAGCGAGCGUGCCAAUGAAAACACAGUGGAGCAUAACUGGACUUUCUGUAGACUGGCACGGAAAACAGAUGACUGAUUCUGACUCCACAGGAGCCACUUCAGUGAUUAGCAACUUAAUUGGACAGUAAACCUAAGAGAGUCUGGAUUUUGACUAAAGCAACUGUGGGCUUUUUUUUUUUUAUACUACUAUUUAUUGUUUUUCAGUGAGGGCUGGAGGAGUUUCGUUCUCUAGCAGCUCUGUCCUUUUGUCCUGUUCAGAAGAAAACCAUGCAUGUGCCUGUUCAGUCAAGACACCUUUUUGUUUGAAAGAGGGAGUCCAAAGAAUUAGUACGAUAAAGUAUUUUGUGUCAUUAACACAAUUCUCUGACACAACUUAAAGUGCUAAAGUUACCUCCGUUUAAACAGUUUCUAAUCCAUCUAAUGCUAUGACACUGGGAGCAAGAAACAAAUUUAAGAUGCAGUUGGGGAAAAGCUGCUAUCAUAUAGACUAAUACAGUUUCUAAAUAAAUAAACAGUAUUGUAAUAUUCUAGGAAAACAAUUCCCACCUUUUAAAAGUACUUGAUAAGUACAGUUUCUUACAGUUAUGACAACUGUUUCUUUCUAUGCAUAUAAAUCAAGCAACCAAAUAUUAUCUGUAGCCAUGGAAAUAGGAUUAGAAAUAUUUAUAUUGGGUUCUAAAUGCAAAAUGUCCCUGUGGUAGAAUUCAUAUUUUUAAUGCCUGGUGCAAUAUUAUUCCCAAGUGUAAUGCCUGCCAGCAAGAAGCUAAUAAAAUGUGAAAUACAGAA